UGCGCCCCGGGGCGGGGCUCCCUGCGGCCCCGCCUCCCCGUGACGCCACUUCCUGCGGGGGACGCGGAGGCCCCGGUGCCGGGUCGGGCCGGGCCGAGCGGGCCAUGGUGGUGCUGCGGGGCGGCGCGGGCCCUGAGGAGCCUUACCCGAGGAUAGAGGACUGCCUGCCCCCACUGGAGGAUUCCCCGUCCAAGAGGUUCUCCCCCUCCAAGCGAAAGCAGUAUUAUAUCAACAAGGCCAUCCGCAACUCGGACCUCAUCCCCAGGGCCAAGGGGCGCAAGAGCCUGCAGAGGCUGGAGAACACUCGCUACCUGAUGACACUUCUGGAGCGAGAUGAAUGCGGGAGUGACGAGGGAGAGCUUGCCCACUCUGCCACCCCAAGCAUCUUCACCGAGGCCUGUAACAACGAGACUUAUGUGGAAAUCUGGAACGACUUCAUGAACCGGUCAGGAGAAGAGCAAGAGCGAGUCCUGCUCUACCUGGAGGAGGAGGCCAGGAAGAAGCACAAGAGGAAGCUGCCUGUCAAGAACAAAGAUGAGUGGAAAGAGCACCCUGCCUACACACCCAAGGAGUGUUUCCAGCGCAUCAGCCGUCGCCUGCGCUCCACCCUGAAGCGGGGCAGGAUCCCCAUGGGCACGCUGGAGGGCCUGGAGGAGGAGCUGCUGGCCUUCUUCUCCGUCACCCCUCACUCCGUCUACACAGCGCUGAUGGACAACAGCUUUGAGCGACUCCUGCUCCAUGCGCUCUGCCAGUACAUGGACCUCAUCUCUGCCAGUUCAGACAUCGAAGGGAAACGUCAAAUGAAAGUGAGCAACAAACACCAUGUCUUCCUGCCCCCCGAGCUCCUGCUCUCAGACUACCUGGGGCAGAUGAGCUGAUACCCCCCAGGGACGCCUUGCCCCUCGCUUGGUGCACUGAAGGCUUCCUUCAUCUGCGCCUGGCCUCCCCCAGCCCCGCCGUCCCCUUGGCUCCGGCCUGCUGCCUGCCUCUCCCCUCACACCGUCCUCGAGGGGCUCGUCCCUUCCCCUGCUCUAAGAGCCGAUGCUUGAUGGUGCAGAGCCGGGGGCUGCGCUCCCCCGGGCUGCCGGGACUCUCCUGGGGGGCAGCAGGCAUCCUGACCCUGCCAGAUAUGGCCAGGCACAAGGCGUGGGCGAAGCAGGUGCCUAUCUGUCGUGCUCCCUCCGUUCCCCGGGAUUGCCAUGCUGCUUCCUGGCUGGAGCUUUCUCCCUGGAACUGUUUGUGUGUCUAUUUAUAGCCCAGGUGCUUUUAAAAAAUAAUUGGGCUGGGCCAAACCCACCUCUGGCACUGACGCUCGUGGGGUGAUUUUGCUCCAGAUUUUUCUGUGGUGAAACAGCUCCUCAUGGCUGCUGAGCAAAUGCUGAGCCGGCAGAAGAGCCUCGGGGCCCUCCCGUUCCUGGGGAGUGGUGCUUUGCGCAGCACCCACAGCUCUGUGCCUGGGAUGGGGUGUUUGCUGGGGGGGGGGGCUUAGCCCCCUCUCGCCCUGCUGGGGUUUCGGCAGUGCCCUGUUCCCUACCUCAUGGGACGGGCUGUUUUUAAAUGUAAUAUAGCCUGUGAUUUUUAUUGUGUGUGUAUACAUUUAUGUGUGUGUGUGUGCUGGGGUGUGCAGCCCUGUGUUCCUGCUGCCUGCCUGUGGCUGCUGCGGCAGUUUGUGGGUCUCCCCGUACCCCCGCAUGUGUCGAGGGCUGCCUGCAGCUGAGGAGCCCUGGGAGAUGGGGGUCCCUCCUCUGGCGUGGGGGCUGCUGGAGGUGUUGGACCCCCAUCUGGGACUGUGUCUCUGCCUGUUGCGGCAGCACCCCCGGCUGCUCUGGAAAGACACCAGCUGCCAUUAACUGAGGGUGUCAUCCCCCCCGGGGCAGGGGGAGCCCCCAGUCUGCCCUUGCACCUCCAUUGCUUGUGUGACUCAGGUGGCGUUCGGGAACAAUAAACCAUCGUGCUCCCA